AUGGCAGAGACCACGCCCCUCCUGCCCACACACUCGCAAGAUCGAGCCAUCAAACCCCCCAGACCUUCACGCAGCGUCACCUUCAACCCUCAGGUAUCUACUUCCAGCCCACCGAAGCGGAAUCGGCCAGCGUUUCCAACAGCCACCGCCCAGUCUACGGGCUCAAUAGCAGGGGCCGGGACGGUGUCGAACCCGCCCCGAGAUGGCACGCAACCCAUGCUGUCGGCCCUCAACAGCAAGCUUCGACGACGGAACAGUAGUGGUGCACCUUUGCAGCUACCCGCUCAACUUCCGGCGAACAAGAUCGGCCCGCAAAGAACGACGAGGACUGCGCAGAAGCUCAAGCUGUUGCCUAAUCCAGAGCAUGGCGACGAAGGACCGGAUGAGGAGAGCGGGCGGGAUGUGUAUAGUCAAUUCACCCGCAUUAAGGACCCCACCGCUCGACGAGAUGCUGCGAGGCUGGGCAAGGAUGACCGAGCGAAGCUGCCGCGCGUGACGGCUUACUGCACGGCGAGCAGCUACAAAAUGGACGAUCUCAUGCGCUUCCUGAAAGGCAGAGCGAACACGAGGGGCGCGGCACCGAAGCUAUUCGACGAAUGCAUAUAUUCCCCUUACCGGUACAGGCAGGAAGGAAGCGAGUCGGACCACCGGAGAAGCAGCGGCUUCGCAGAGCAAGAGGAUGCGGAUCCCGUUGAGGUGCGCAGUCAGCCCGUUCGGCGCUUUUCUGACUCGGCGCUGGAGGUGGAGGAGAAUGCGGAGCGAAGACGGGAGGAUCUGAUCGACAUGCAAGAAGACACUCAACCACAACCGAGCCACGUAGCCUCGACGGACGAUGUACCUCUAGCGGUCGGGCACGAAACGACCAUGACCAGACCAAUAACACCCGACUUCGACACCACCGUCCACAUCCCCGAGACCUUCCUGUUCGAGUACGGCGUCGUGGUGAUCUGGGGCAUGACGUUCAAAGAAGAACAGCGCUUCCUCAAAGACAUUGCCAAGUUCGAGCAGGAGAAGCUGGGCAAGGACGACAUCCAAACGGAAGAAUUCAACUUCUACUACACCCGCGAGUACCAAGCGCGGAUCUACAACGACUUUAUCAGCCUGAAGGUCAAGCGGGAUUACAUGACGAAACUCGCCAUCAGCCACGCGUUGGCGCAGAGUACGAAAACCAGCCUCUACGAAGACCUGCUAGACGCCACCAUCAGCACCACGCAAACCAUCCCCGCCACCAUCGCCCGCACCGGCCGCAUCAACCUCACGCGCAAGCAAAUCAACAUGCAGAUCGGCGAGCUCUUCAUCCUGCGCAUCAACAUCCACCUCCAGGGCUCCGUGCUGGACGCGCCCGAGUUGAUGUGGGCGGAGCCGCAGUUGGAGCCGGUGUACAAUGCCGUGCGCAGCUAUCUGGAGAUGGAUCAGCGGGUGGAGUUGAUGCAGGAGCGGGUGAGUGUGGUCGGGGAUUUGUUGGCGGUGUUGAAGGAUCAGUUGAGUCACACGCAUGGCGAAUACCUGGAGUGGAUCGUCAUUGUCCUCAUUGCCGCCGAGAUCCUCGUUGCGGCAAUCAAUAUCGUCGUGGAUCUUUACGCUGAGGGUGAUUGA